AUGCUGUCCAGCAGAAGGUCUGGCGAUUUCCAGCUACCAUCCUACCUCCCUCUACAUUCCUCUUUACUUCGAAAAUUCGAAAAAAUCCACUCCAACCGCCCCCCAGAGUAUGAUAUCAUUUCGCAAUCAAUAAAUGAUCUAGUCAGAUCUACAAGAGACUAUAUAGAGUAUAUACUAAAGAAAGAAAGCGGCCAGGACGCAGCCAUAUACGUAGAUGACACCUUGCUCACAAAUAAUCUUCAAGCAUUGGAGUCCUUGAUCCGCUCGAAAUAUGACUUGGAUGUGUUGAUGGACUCUACAAAGGAGUCCAGAUCGAGAAUACGCCAGGAUACCAAAGAAGUGCAACCACUUACCAUUGAAAGCUUGCAAGAGUCUACGAACGAGCUAGACGUGGGCCAAAACUUCGACGAAGUGAUAAUCAGUAACUACAAUUCAAACUUGGAGCUCCACUCCUCGCAAUCUUCUUUCCGCUCGUACUUGUCCGGUGCACCCAGCUACCAGUACGUGAAGAAUGUUUCUUUCAUAUUGACGCACCCAGAGGACCCACUACCUGACGAUAACAGUGCCUUACAAACCAGUGAUGACUUAGAAGUAGCGGGCGGUAAGAUCUCUUUAAAGGAUCCCAUAUCAUUGCAGUACUUUAAAGACCCCGUCAGAUCGAAGAAAUGUCUCCACGUCUUUGAGCUGAGCACUAUAAACAGUAUGUUCCCAGAUCAUAGAAGCGGUGCGCUCAUUGAGUGUCCCACUGAUGGGUGCAAGGCGCAGAUAUCCAGGCAGGAUUUGGAACCUGACGAGCUAAUGCAGUUACGAGUGAGAGUGUACCUAGCAGCGAAAUGA